GCGGCUUAUUGAUAAUGUGUUAAUAUCAGAUGACUUCCCAGAUUUGAUUAUCAGAAAGUUCUACCCUUUAUAAAUCGAGUUACUUUCACAGAUUUCAUCAUCCAGUGUUUGGAAGUUACUCGCUCCGUAAUUAGGUCUGAUAUUCCUCUAUUGGUGAAUCAUGAAGUGUCUCGUCCUGUUUGCUCUUUUUGCUGUUGCUGCUGCCAGACUUUCGAUAUUCGAUCCAGAACUCAAUGAACAUUGGGAAAACUUCAAGAAAGUAUUUGGAAAAAACUACAAUGAAAGAGAAGAAGUGACCAGGAGACUAAUCUGGGAGCGAAGGCUGGCCGAUAUUGUCCGUCACAACCUUCGCUAUGAUCUCGGACUUCACUCCUUCAGAAAGGGCCUCAAUGAAUACUCUGAUAUGCCCCACGAAGAGUUUGUGAAAACCUUCAACGGUUACCGUGGUAAACCUGGUCACAAAUCCAACGGAACCACAUGGGUGCCUGUUUCUAAUGCCUACAUUCCUGACCAGGUGGACUGGAGAGACAAGGGAUUGGUAACACCUGUUAAGAAUCAACAACAAUGCGGUUCUUGCUGGGCCUUCUCUACAACUGGCUCUCUGGAAGGUCAACAUAAAAAGAAGACCGGUAAAUUGGUUUCUCUCAGUGAACAAAACUUGGUCGACUGCUCUGGACCAGAAGGAAACAUGGGAUGUGAAGGAGGUUUGAUGGACCAGGCUUUCCAAUACAUCAAGGACAACAAGGGCAUUGACACUGAAGACUCCUACCCAUACACCGCUGAAGACGGAACUUGCCACUUCAAACGAUCUGCUGUCGGUGCAACUGUUACUGGCUACGUUGACAUUCCAACUGGAGAUGAGGAGGCUUUGAAGAAAGCAGUUGCCACUGUUGGACCCAUCUCAGUUGCCAUUGAUGCCAGUCAUGACAGUUUCCAAACCUACCAGGAUGGUGUCUAUGACGAAUCCGAAUGCAGUUCUGAACAACUCGACCAUGGUGUAUUGGUUGUAGGCUAUGGCACUGAAGACGGAUCUGAUUAUUGGUUGGUUAAGAACAGCUGGGGAACCACCUGGGGUAUCAAGGGAUACAUUAAGAUGGCAAGGAACAAGGACAACCAAUGUGGUAUUGCCACCCAAGCCAGUUAUCCAUUAGUUUAAUGCAUUCAAGACAAGGACUGCGAUUUUUAAGUUAUACAUUUAAGACAUUUACUGUUAUGUGUACAAUUAAAAUGAAAAUUGUGCAUGUUGUUGUGUAUAUUUGUUUUGAUAAAGGCUUUUAAUAAAAUAUUUAUAAAUGAA